AUGCGUCGACAGAGAGAACGGCCCAGAUCUCCGGUGGUGCUCGUGCCGGGAGAUGGCGGAAACCAGUUGGAAGCGAAACUGGACAAACCUUCGGUGGUGCAUUACCUGUGCGAGAAAAAGUCCAAAGAUUACUUUACUCUGUGGAUGAACCUAGAAAUAGUUCUGCCGAUUGUUAUCGACUGUUGGAUAGACAACAUGAGGCUUGUUUACAACGAAACAACGCAUACGACGAUGAACAGUCCAGGGGUCAGCAUUCGAAUACCCGGAUGGGGGGACACAGCAACCGUGGAGUGGAUCGAUCCGAGCAGAAUCAGCCUCGGAAACUAUUUCGUCAGCUUAGUAGAAACGUUGGUAUCACUUGGCUACGAAAGGAACGUCAGCGUUCGCGGUGCACCGUACGAUUUUCGCAAGGCCCCAAACGACAAUCAACAGUACUUUGAGGAUCUUACGAAACUGAUAGAAGACACGUACUACUUGAAUAACGAAUCCAAAGUGGUUACCAUUGGACAUAGCAUGGGAAACGCGUACAUGCUGUACUUUUUCAGUAGAAAAAGUCAGGAAUGGAAGGACAAAUUCAUAAGAGCCCAUGUCAGCAUAGCUGGACCUUACGGUGGUUCAAUAAAAAUCGUCAAGGCUUUCGCAUCGGGUUACAACUUGGAGCAAUGGCGAAUCAUACUGCCGCCGCUGAAAGUGAGGAAGGAGCAGCGAACGAUGACCAGUUCGAGCUUCCUUCUUCCUACGCGCGAAGUUUGGAACGACGACGUACUUGUGGUGACGGCCAAUCGAAAUUACACGUCCCAUGAUUACGAACAGUUUUUCAAAGACAUUGGAUUUCCUACCGGUUGGCAGAUGUAUCAAGAUACAAGAAAUCUGAUUAGUGAUUUACCGGCGCCUGGCGUUGAG